AUUCCCAGUCGAUUCACACAUAGAGAAGAGGGCCAACCUCAGAGAGGUUGGUUAUAGGUAAUUUUUGGUAAAAAAAAACUUGGUCGAAUUAACGACACACAAUCGCCCACAAUUAUUCACUGUAGACAAUUAAUACAUAAAAUUGCGUAAACUACUGUGUUACUAGUUCAUUAUAGGAUAAACCCUUAAUCUCUUAAGUUGAUCCAUAAACCGGCAGGAUAUCCGGCUGUUUUGGUGAAAUAAUAACGUGCCCUAACAGAUAUUCGUAAUCAUGGCGGUGCCUACGGCCGGUGUUGUGGUUCCCCGGAACUUUCGUCUAUUGGAGGAGCUAGAACAAGGACAGAAAGGUGUAGGGGAUGGAACUAUCAGUUGGGGACUGGAGAACGACGAUGAUAUGACUCUCACUCACUGGACUGGGAUGAUUAUUGGACCGCCCAGGACGCCGUACGAAAAUAGAAUGUAUAGUUUAAAGAUAGACUGCGGCCAGCGAUAUCCUGAUGAUGCUCCAAACGUCAGAUUUCUGAGCAGGAUUAACAUGAAUUGCAUCAACAUUACCACUGGAGCGGUAGUGGACAAUCGCAGUGUACCAGUACUGGCAAAAUGGCAACGCGAGUACACAAUCAAGACAGUUCUCCAAGAGUUACGUCGUUUAAUGACACUCAAAGACAACAUGAAGCUGUCCCAGCCACCAGAGGGUAGUACCUUUUAGCCUAACAACAGCCGUAAUUCUUCGCAUCUUCCUUAUUGCAGUGGCAUGAGACAACAUCUAGUUACCAAAUGAUUUAAAUGAAUGACAAAUAUUGUUUGAUUUUUCACUCAUUGGUGCCCAUGUCUCUAACCCUGAGUGGAUUUUAUAAGGAAUGAAAGGAAAAAAAGCGUCAAGUUAAGGGUAGAGGAAAGAUUAAAUCAUGAGGAAAUAUUAAUUAUCAAUCUGGCACACACUACACAUAUACACUCAUGUACAACAGACACAGUUGAAAUAUAUAUAGAUAUAUAAUAACUCCAUCGACACCUUUCAUUGUGGCAAAGGUGGUCCAAAAUCGUAUUUUCAAACUUAACGAGAGAAUAAAAACUAAAUUAACAGUUUCAAAGGCAGAAGAACAAAAUUAUGUAAAAUUCUUUUGAGGGGGAGUGCGAUGGAAUAAGGAGUUCAUAAAUAACAUCGUAUCAAUAAGAAUGUCUUGUGCUUUUCGAAAAGUUUCCAAAUUAAGAGUCAUGGAAUUAAUUUAUCGGGUGUAAAUUCACUUAAUUUUUACGAAAUAUUGUGUAUUAUUUUCUCACUCACAGUUUCUCGUCGCCAUCAGCCUCGAUAUCUCGCCCCAGUGUUCCAUUGUGCACUUUUUCACCUCCAAACUUGGAGGGGAAAAUCUUUUAACUACUGUGAAAAGGCUAAAGAUCUAGAUAGAAAGUAUUCAUCUAAUCCACAUUGAAAUGAGUAAUUAAUGAAUGAGGGAUUUGGAAUGUUUGUGCGGUCGAGGCCUUCAACACGUACAUUGCGACCGUUACGAUAGAAAAAGUCAUGCCUUAAACCACCAGGAAUAACUCCACUCGUAACAGGACGUAACUCUCCAACUAUAUUAAUGUAAUAGAAGAGAGAAAUGAACUUGUGAAUUAUUUAAGAUUAAAAACGAGACAGAGAAUUUUUUAAUACUUCCCAUGAAGUACGUUCACUUACGUUUUAAUAGCAAAAAAAAAGAGAUAAACUUGAUGAGAACAGAAUAAUUAUUAACGCAAUAAUAAAGGUAUCCCUAGGCUAUACCAAAUUAAUAAUUAAUCAAUAAAGAAACAUUUUCAAGUGAUAGUGAUGAAUGAGAUUACACUAAGACCAAAGGAUCGAUGAAAGAAUGUCUUUUGAGAGUGUCGCUGAUAAUUUGCUGAUAUUUUUGUUUCUUUCAUUAUCACUAACGUGUUGGCUUCGCAAAUUUAAUAGAAAAAUAUGGAGAAGAAUAAAUAAAAUGAACCUCUCUUUCA